UCGUAUAUUUUCAAUAAAUGGACGAAUAGUCUAGAGAACAUGCAAUAGCAAAAUGGCAGCUUUUCAAAGAGUGAAACAGAACAUUUCUAACGUCAUUUGUUUCUCUUAUUGUGAGCUAUUUAUUUAAAUUUAGUCACCAUCCAAGCUAUGGAGGAAGACUACAUACCAUCUUUGUUUGACAAAGAAGAUGAGGAAGGGUACGGACCGACAGACUUACUGAGUCAGUUAGAGAACUUCAGACAACAAUGGAAGCAGGAGUUAAUGAAAAAACACAACGAUACCAAUGAUAGCAAUACUAAUGCCAACCAGACACCAACUGUAGAGGAAGAGGUAACUAAAAGUUAUAUAACUGUAGAGGAAGAGGCCAAGUUUUUGUUCUACAAAGGAAUGAAACUGGAGCAGUCUGGACAUUUGUAUGAAGCAAUAAAGUAUUACAGAGAAGCCACACACCUGGAUUCCGAGAUAGAAUUCAAAUGUUAUUCAAGUGGUAAAAGUCCAAGAGAAAGACAAGAAAGUGAGAGUUCAGUUGGAAGUAUUGAUCAGGAUGAGAUUCUGGACGAUGACCUGGUGACACACUUCCAAAAACUUCAGAUUGACCACAGGAAAAUAUGUCAACAACAGUUUGAACAGAAUGCAACCCACAUAUCUGUUCUGCCAGUAGAACUGCUGAUUUAUAUCUUCAAAUGGGUUGUGUCCCCUGAUUUAGACAUCAAACAGUUGGAGAUUCUGUCGGAGGUUAGCAGAGGGUUCCAUAUUUGUGCCAGAGAUGAUGGAAUAUGGAGACAGAUUUGUUCAAGAACUUGGGGCCCCAACACGGGGAAACUGAGGAAGUAUGUCUCAUGGAGAAACAUGUUUAUUAAUAGGCCACAUGUACUGUUUAAUGGUUGCUACAUUAGUAGGACAUCCUAUAUGAGAGUAGGAGAAAAGAGUCUGGAUUCAUUCUACAAACCAUGGCAUCUAGUGGAAUAUUUCAGAUACAUGAGAUUCUUCCCAGAUGGUGUUAUGUUGAUGAUGUCCAGUUCAGAAGACCCCUAUACAACACUGUCAAAACUUAGGUCUGAAAGUACCAGAGAACAGGGACUGCUGAAGGGGCGUUACAGAUUUAAUGGAGACAGGAUUACUUCUGUUUUGAAGAGAGUUAAAACAAAAGACAGCUCGUUGAAUUACUACCCAUGGAAACGUCAACCAAGGCAACAGAUAGAUCCAAAUGAUAUGGAACAAACGUUUCAAGUGGAAAUGGAAAUCCAGAAUCACAAAGACAGAUGUCACGCUAAACUUGUGUGGCUUCAUUAUUCUGUUACAACAUGUUAUAAGGCAACUGGACAGUUGAAUGAAACAGAUUUUGAACUAAACAACAAGAAUUACCCCCCUUUGUUAUUUUCUCGUGUCCUUAGUUACACUGCUGAAUCUGAAUCACCUCUUGAAUGAAACAGAUAUCAGGAUCAUCUGAGCACUUUAACCCUGACAACUUGAUCACUUGAAUGUUUGAAGUAUAGCACACUUUAUUCAUAUACCUGGUAGAUUUUCAUGUUUUGUGUUAAACUUUUAAUUUUGAUAUUUUUCUGUAAACAUGUUUGUUUUAUUAAUAUUAAUUAUUAUUUUAUUUUAUAUGGUAUAACCAGAUUUAACACUUUUAGUAUGAAUUACUAUUGUAAUAUUGGAUUUAAUUUGUUGAUUAUAUCAGAGACGAUUAUUUUUUGUAAUUUUUACAAAAUGUUGUUUAGUGAAGCAUAAGCUUGACAUCAGAGCCUUUCUAUUUAAGAACAAGUUGUACCAAGGGGAGCGAUUUUUUUGUACUAGCUACCUUGAACUUUUUUUAACAGUUUCAAUAGAUGUGAGUUUAAAGAGUUAUUUGGUGCUUUUCUACCAAGCAUGCAACCAUUUUUAAGUACCAGCCCUUUUAAAAAUCAUGCAAAAUGUAAAUCAUGUUGAGUGGAAAGGCUACACAUGUUUUUAUUUUUGUAUCAUCUUAUUGAUUAAAAAGGAUGAACAUUGUAAAGUUUUCCAUUUUGACCCUUAAUUUCUAGGUGAGAUAAAUAAACUCUACAGAAUGCAGCAUAAAAUUUAUGUUAAGGGAGAUAACUCCAAUAAGAUUAUAAAGAAUUUCUAGUGAAUAAAUGCUGAUUAUCUGCCCUUGUAAGUAGGAAGUAAAUGGAAGACGUCACUCAAUCCUUUCAUCUACAAGCCUAUAUCAUCUGGUUGACAAAAUUAAACAUUUAUAACUUUUUAUGAAGUUCAUAAAAUUAAAAUUUUGCAUUAUUCUUAUUCCGACUAUCACUUGAAAGAUACAGCUAAGACUAGAUGGCUCAAAAAAAAGUAUUCUUGAGUAGAGUGACAUGUGCCCCAGAGUUAUAUAUCUUGAGAGUUGUAUUGCUGACAUAGAUUUGAGUCUAAUACAAAGUAUUGUUUACUUGUCCAGAUUGUGUAUAAUUAUAUAUGUUGCAAUUUGUUUAAAACUCAUCAGACAUUCAAUCUAUCAAUCUGACUUUACCCCAAUGAUACUAGUGUGUUUUAAGGGGCUACUUCCAACACAAAGUAAGGCAACUCUUUAUUGAAAAGUUAUAUUGUUUUCUGGUUACAGUCACCAAAUCUGAUAUAAAAAUCAAAUGAUAUUUAUAUGAGGAGCUGUUUAUGAAAUUUUCCAACAUCCUUAAUGAAUCUAUCAUGCAUUAAUUAACAUAGACACAAGAACUUAAUGUUAAGAAUAAUAAAUUUUAGAUUUUAACGGUUUUAUUAGAGACUUUCAGAUAAUUAACAUACUUAUGCAUGUGUGUGAUUUUGAUUUAAAUAAUGUGUUUAACUAUGUCUAAUGUAACAUGUAUUGCAUUUGUAAUGGAAUGUUUUCAAUUUGGAUUGUCUUCCCCUUAUCAGAAAAAAACCAUAAAAAACCUCAAAUGUAAGACAUACUCAAUGGAGCACUACACAUAUGUCUGAUAGGUUCAAUAAUUGGUAAAGUAUAACUUAUAUUGUAGGUCAAGAUAUCUCAAUUAGAAAAUAAAUCAAUAAUCUUCAUAUUUAUUUUCUUGUUCAGUUCAGCUGGUAAAACUUCAUGUCUUUUUUUUUUUAUUUCUGUGGUACAAUUCAAUUCCAAGAUAAAAUUUUAUUUUAUGUGUUGUUUUUUUGCGUUAAGUUUGUGGCAGCAGUCUAUGGUGAUUUCAAUGAUAUACUAAAGAUAUUGAAGAAAAUGGCAUAAAAAGUUGGCAUCUGUAGUGCACAAAGGUCAUAGAUAGGUUUCCUUUGGUCUAUCGGAGUCUGAUCUAAAUGGUAUAUUAAAGGCCUAUGGACUCUGUAUAAAAAACUGUCAUCUGUAGUGCACAAAGGUCAUAGAUAGGUUUCCUUUAGUCAGUCAGAGUGGAAUCUCUAUGGUAUACUAAAGACCUAAAAAAAAUUGUAUAAAAGCAUCUGUAGUGCACAAGGGUCAUAGAUAGAUUUCCUUUUUAUAAUCAAUCAGUCAGAUCCCAAUGGUAUACUUAAGACAUAAAAAAAAUUGUAUGAAGGCAUGUGUAGUGCACAAGUGUUAUUGAUAGGUUUCCUUCUGUCAAAGAUUGUUAUCAUAAUCUUGUGUCAUAUAUUACAAACUUAUCAAACAUCUUAUGAAAUGCACUCUAAGUGUGUCUUUGGAUAGAGUGGGGCCCAAUGAUUCAAUUUCAAAGAUCUACUCCAGAACCAAUUGUAACAAAACUGAACAGGGAUAUUGCUUUGAAGAUCUGUGACAAUUUUCCUCUACUUUUAUCUGUUGUGAGGCAGAGUGUAAAUGGAUAUCAAUGUGUUCAUUUGUUGGUUUGCAUUUUCUAAACAAGUGUCAUGAUUUUAUUGAAACCUUAAAAAAUUUAUAGUAUCUUUGUGAUUGUGCACCACCUGUUGUAUCAUUGAAGUUUUCAAUAGCAAAGCUUAACCUAUCUUUACAGAUGUGAGAGAUGGGACAAACAUUGCUUGUGUUGAGCUCUAAUACCAGAUUAACUUAAUAUGUUUCACUGUCUUUAACUGUCAUUUGGAAGAGUUCAGGUAUUGAAUCAAAAAGAUAGUUACUGUAAAUUCAGAAAUUAUUGUGAUGUUUUUAUUAAUGGGACAAAUGCAGCAGUAUCUAUUGGCAAUAAUAAAAACUUGUGUUCAUAAUUUCAGAUGUAAUUUUCUGUCUUAAAAUUUUUGCAUUCACAUUAACUAGAUUAUGCAUUUUUGCCAAAGUUGAAGGAUUUGCAAAAAUAGCAUUUAUUUAUGAAUUUACAGUAUAUAAUUCGUUGUUAUAUUUAACUAUUUUCCGUAUGAUUUUGUUCUAGCAGUGUUGAAUAUAUUUAAAGCGGCUGACAAUAGGUAUUAUAUAAAGCUAGAACUAUAGCAUUGAAAUCACCAGCGACUCUUUUCACAAAAAAUCUUAAGAGGAAAAAUACUCGAAAGUCAUACACAUUUCAGUAUAACUUACGAUCAAUUUUAAUCGUAAGAUUUUUUGUGAAAAGAGUCGCAGAGAUAUAUCUGUAUAUAUUUUAUUUAUUGUUACAAUGUAAAUAUUUAGUUAUAAGUAAUGUUUUAUGAUUAGUUAUCAAUGAAAACAUUAGGUUAGUUAAUUGAUGCUUGGGUAGUAUUGCUUUGUUAACAGAAUAAUUUGAAACACACAUUUUAUUGGUAUGUAAUUUCUUCAAUAAUUUACAUUUUUAUCUGAAAAUGUACUCUGUUAAUUAAUUGUCCAUUCAAAAGCACACACAAGGUAUAAAACAUCUGUUGUUGAUAUUGAUUGGCUGACGUGUGCUUGAUGACGUCAGUAUAUUUAGAUGCCAAUGAUUGUAAAGUUUCACAUUAUUUUCAAUUUACACCCAAAUAAUUCCUUAAUAGACUAUAUUCAUAUUACUGACUUUUGACUCUGGAAAAUAUGAUUUUUCAAGAGCGUCACUGAUGAGUCUUAUGUAGACGAAACGCACGUCUGGCGUAUUAAAUUAUAAUCCUGGUACCUUUGAUAACUAUUCUCUGUGAUGGGACAUCCUGGUACUCUAUAAAAGCAACAAAAAGAAGUAAAAUCAAACAUAUAAUUGGUACAUUUUGGGGGGAAAGUGUACUGUUUUUUUUAUGAUUUUUUUGUAUGUAGAAAACAUAAAACUGUUAAUUUUAACCCCCAAUUGUACCGAUUGUAAUAUUGAUUUUUACUUCUUUAAGUUGCUCUUACCUGACCGAGUACCAGGAUGUCUUACCACAGAAUAGGUAACCUGUCUAAAGAAUAUAAAAUCUGGAGUCAAAAGUUGGUAAUAUGAAAAUAGUCUAUUGGAAUGUUUUGUUUAUUUUGCAUUAGAAUGGAAAUAACAAAUGUAUUUUAAACUUGGCCUUGGUCAAACUUGGUUUUACUGUAGCAAAUAUUCAUUUAUCAUCACUGGGUUAACUAAUUUUGUACAGUAAAACCAUCUUUUAUGUGGGUUAAGCUGAAAUACAAUACUGUUAUAUAUGAAUACGCUUGCUGUUCGGUGUGAGCCAAGGCUCCGUGUUGAAGACUGUACUUUGACCUAUAAUGGUUUACUUUUAUAAAUUUUGACUUGGAUGGAGAGUUGUCUCAUUGGCACUCAUACUACAUCUUCUUAUAUCUAUAUACAUCCUAAAUAGAAUCUAAUGAAUUCAUCUUGUUUUUAAUAAUUGUGUUGUCUUGGCAAUCUAAAAUUCCAAUUUUGUUCAGUUUGCCAAAAAGUUGAGUAAUGUUCACAUUAUGUGUCAAACAAUACUUUAUGGAAUACAUACAUGCUUAUAGAAAUAUUAUCAACGGGUAAAUAGAUUUAUUUUUGGUUAUCAAUAAAAUUUUUGAUCAUAUUCACAUCUUUACACUCAACUAUCUUCAUCAAUAUUAAAGUUAAAAGGAACAGAAAAACUAGACCUUAGAUUCAACAGAACAAAUUUAGUUCUUCCAUGUAAAGUGUGGACACAUGUAUUUUAAUGACAAACCAGAAGAGUGGAAUCUAUUGACAAAACUUCUUUACAGUUUAAGCACACAUCUUAAUUGCUGUUUAAUAGUAUCAAGGUUUUUAAUGCAGCAAUAUUUGAUAUUGAAUUUGUUUUGAAUUUUAAAGAACAGAUUUUUAUGUUAAUGCUGUUGAAUUGUGUUAAAACAGGAGAGUUUUAAUAAAGAAUGGCAGAUAUAAGAAAA